AAAUAGUCCUGUUGUAUAUAAUUAUCAUCAUUAAUUGUCCUUGUUUAUCUCAUGUUUAAAUGUGCCUUCUGGUUAAAUAAAUCAAGGUUUACAUUUUAUUUGAAACAAAUAUUAUACAAUUGUUUAUAUUUUUAAUUAAACUUAUCGAAAUGGCACGCGACGAAAAUGACGACAUCCUUCCUGACCACGACGCGGCGAAAGAAUUUUAUGCCAAAUACGAACCAAAAGAGGUUUUGGGACGAGGCGUAAGUUCGACGGUGCGGCGCUGCAUAGAGAAAGAAACUGGGCGAGAGUACGCGGCGAAAAUAAUUGACCUCAGCAGCGAAGAUAACAACACGGAGAGUAUCCGAGAAUCCACUCUGAGUGAAGUUCACAUCUUACGAAUGGUCGCAGGUCAUCCGCACAUUAUCGAGCUUCACGACGUCUUUGAGUCGCAUACCUUUAUCUUUCUCGUCUUUGAGUUGUGCCGGAAUGGCGAGUUGUUCGACUACUUGACAAAUGUAGUCACCUUAUCGGAGAAGAAGACGCGCUACAUAAUGAAACAAAUCUUUGACGCGUUGCAGUACGUGCACUCUGAGAAUGUCGUACAUCGUGACCUGAAACCAGAAAAUAUUCUACUGGACGACAAUUUAAACGUUAAGUUGACGGAUUUUGGAUUCGCGAAAAUUUUAAAGCCAGGAGACAAACUAUUUGAGGUGUGUGGAACGCCGGGCUACUUGGCACCCGAACUCCUCAAGGCGGCCAUGUACGAAGAUGCGUAUGGAUACGACCAAGCCGUAGACUUGUGGGCAUGUGGAGUCAUCAUGUAUACGUUGUUGGUGGGCUGUCCUCCCUUCUGGAAUCGGAAACAGAUGAUAAUGCUGAGGAACAUCAUGGAGGGGAAGUAUUCUUUCGAUUCGCCUGAAUGGGAUUGUAUCACAGAAGCACCGAAAGACUUGAUAAGGAAGUUACUCGUUGUCGAGCCUAGUAAACGCCUCACAGUCGAUGAAGCAGUGAACCACGAAUUUUUUCAUGCUGUUCAUUGCGGCGUUAAGCAAUUUGAUGCCCGAAAAUGUUUUCGUAUGGCGAUUAUGUGUGUCCGUUGCGUCGUUAGGAUUCAGAGAUUAAAAAAUACCCCGGAAACGUUGUCAGUCUCAAAUGCAGGGAUGGAUCCUUACAGAAUGAAAGCGUUUAGAAAGGUCAUUGACAACUGUGCCUUUCGCGUCUAUGGACACUGGGUGAAGAAGGGCGAUUGUCAGAAUCGGGCCGCAUUAUUCGAAAACGUGCCAAAAACCGAGUUAAAGAGUUUGUACAUCAGUAAUUUAAAUAGGUUAUGAUGAUAGGAGCUAUACAUACAUGCGAAUUAUAAAUUUGAAUCUUUCCUUUGUGAUUUUUGUCCCCAUAUUGUUGUGUUUGUUAAUAGUCAUGUGACAAUUAGUCGGUCACUUCUUAAUUUAAGUCAUCGCGCUGGGUGUAUAUUGUCAUAUUGUCAAUUUACAUACAUAAGUUAAGUAUAAACAUAACUUAAUAAAGGACUAUCGGGUCGGGAUAGUGUUACGCUUGAUGGUGUUUUAAAAA